GUUUUAACUAGACCAACCCAGUUGAUUUACAAUUACUCGCAACAUAAGUUCGACAAGAUCCAGAUAUAAUUCAUCUCAUUCAAAAUGGUCACGGAAUCGUAUAAGACGUCAUCGUUUUCAACCCCGCAAUGGUGGAAGGAAGCUGUAGUAUAUCAGAUCUAUCCUUCCUCUUUUCAAUCGCAUCCUGGCAAUUCAUCAGGAUGGGGCAGUAUCAAGGGCAUCACCUCGCGGCUGGAUUAUUUGAAGUCCCUCGGUGUUAAUGUAGUUUGGUCUAGCCCUAUCUUCAAGUCUCCUCAAGCGGAUAUGGGCUAUGACAUCGCGGACUACAAGCAGAUCGAUCCAUGCUACGGUACACUCGAAGAUGUAGAUACCUUGAUCGCUGAGCUGAAGAAGCGUGAUAUGAAGCUCAUGAUGGAUCUCGUUGUCAAUCAUACCAGCAAUGAACACGCAUGGUUUCUGGAGUCUCGCAGCAGCAUAGACGGCCCCAAGCGCGAUUGGUAUAUCUGGCGGAAGCCUAAGAGCAUCGGGGCAGACGGGAAGCCAGAACCACCCAACAACUGGGCUCAAAUUCUUGGUGAGGCCAACUCUGCCUGGCAAUACGACGAGAAGACUGGGGAAUACUACUUGGCUCUAUUCACGCCGGAACAGCCUGACCUGAACUGGGAGAACCCCGAAGUUCGUGAGGCUGUUUGGGAUGUGAUGCGAUUCUGGCUGGAGAGAGGUGCCUCUGGUUUCCGCAUGGACGUCAUCAACCUUAUUUCAAAGGUGCCGGGAUAUCCUGAUGCAGAAAUCACCUUGGGCGAGGGACACAGGUACCAGCCAGCUUGGAAGUAUUUUGUCAAUGGACCAAAGCUACACGACUACCUCAAAGAGAUGCAUAAAGAGGUGCUCAGCCACUAUGACACGAUUACAGUUGGCGAGAUGCCCGGCGUCAGUGACGAGAAUGAGGUCUUGAGAACAGUCGGCGCAAAUGCAGGUGAGCUGAGGAUGAUCUUCGUCUUCGACGUUGUAGAUAUCGAUAAGCCGCAUGUCAGAUUAGCGCUCAAGCCCUGGGACAUCAAAGAUCUGAAAACAAUUAUAUCAAGAUGGCAACGAGUCAUGAUCGACCUGGAUGGCUGGAACUCCGUGUUCAUCGAGAAUCACGACAACCCCCGUUCUGUGUCACGAUAUGCCGACGAUAGUGAUGAAUGGAGGCAUCUAGGUGCAAAGCUGAUUGCGCUUAUGCAGACGACCCUAGGCGGCACCCUAUUCGUCUACCAGGGUGAAGAGAUUGGCAUGCGAAAUAUUCCGACGGAAUGGGACCCUGAGGAGUACAAGGAUAUUGAGACAAUUAAUUUCUGGAAAAAGACCCAAGCGCUAUAUGGGAACGACCCUGAACUGCUGCAUCACGGUCGGACUAUUAUGAAUAUGAAGGCAAGAGACAACGCCAGGACACCAAUGCAAUGGAAUGCUACCGACAAUGCCGGCUUCUGCGACUCGGGCAUCAGACCGUGGAUGCGCGUCAUGAACGACUACAAGACCAUCAACGCCGAGGUCCAGAUGAGCGAUAACAGCCCCGAUUCUCUCAGCGUCUGGCAAUUCUGGCAACGAGGUCUGAAAGACCGAAAAGAACAUGCCGACGUCUUUGUGUAUGGUGACUUUGAGGAACUUAGCCAUGAGCACCCGCACGUCUUCUCGUAUGUGAGAACAAGUGUGAAGGGCGAAAAAUGGGUUGUCGUACUCAACUUCUCUGGCAAACAGGUCGAGUGGUACCUUCCCGAGGAUCUCAAGGUCGGCUUUUGGGCUGCUAGUAAUUAUGCCAAGGACCGUGUUGAUAAACCGCGUGCGUCUAUGAUACCGUUGAAGCCUUGGGAGGGUAUACUGGGAAGAUGCACUUAAAUUCUACUUGACCUACUCAUGAUGGCGCUGUGUAGAUACAUAAAUUAAUCGCAACAGUCCAUAGAUUUGAGCUUCCUAAUUCGUAUUAGAUAUCACGUCGCAAACC